CCGGAGAAGAAUGAAGCAAGUAAUAAACUGAGUCAUGUAGUUUAUUAAUACCCACAUACAUGCACGUUAUUUAUUUUUUGAUUCUCUCACAAUGAUAAAUAAGAUAAGCUUGAGUGAUAAAAAUAUAGAUUUGACCGCUGCUUAUAUGAACAUAAUACUUAUUAUAACAUAUACAAUUUUUUUUUGUUUUUUGUCAAUAUUACGUAUUUUUUUUUGUUUUGCUUUUGCUUUUGCUUUAAUUGAAAUGGAAGGAAGUACACAUAUAGUAAGUAACUAUUAUAGAUGGGGUAGCGUAUUUUUUUUAUAUAGUGUUGUAUAUGUAUGUGUGUAUGUAUAAAUAUAUAUUCAUGUAUAUAUAUAUAGUCCUAAGCUUGAUAUCCUUUCUUCUCCUUUUUUUUUUUUUUUUUUUUUUUUUUUUUU